AUGCACGCGGCGCUGUGGGACGAAGUACAGGGUUCUUGCGACGUUACCAAGCUGCAAAAAGCACUUGAUGGUGGAGUAGAGCCUUCAGUGGUACUUGAUGGAUGGACACCAAUUCAUUUCCUGUGCGAUAGCCGCUCUGUGGAUCCUGCAGCGCGUGCUGAAGGAUUGCGUUUGCUGCUUCAAGCGGGCUUUGACUCGAAUGCAGUGGACGAGAAUGGGUGGAGUGCUUUGCAUCUGUUAUGUAAGAACAAAAGUGGAGAAGAUGAAGAUCUCGUUCAGGCUAUCCAACAGCUUCUAGUAGCCAAGGCCAAUGUGAAUUUGCAGACAUUGGACAACAAAAAGUCAGCGCUGCAUAUUCUAUGUGAGAACGAAGCAGUGUCGGAGAAUACACUGGCAGCUCUUCUUGAAGCUGAUCCAGACGUGAACUUGUUGGAUAAGGAUGGCAAUACUCCGCUGCAUUAUUUGGCGGAGAACCACUACGUUUCAGACCGCAUGUUUAGUCUCAUGCUGGCGUUUCAAACAAACGUAAAUAUCCUGAACAAUUUUCAAUCCACACCAGCCCACUACAUUUGCCAGAACAGUUGUGCGACCCAGCUAAUGAUUCGCGACUUGUUAAAGCACAAAGUCAAUUUCAACAUCAAAAAUAAUAUUGGAAACACACCAGUCCAUUACCUGUGCGAAAACGACGUAGUAACGGUGGAUAUGCUUAAGGAGAUUAUGAAUGACAAGCAUGUGAAUGUCACUAUCCCCAACGCGCUCGGAAAGCUUGCUUGUGACUACAUUCCGUCUCAAAAGGCCGAUUGCCUUGCAUAUCUUCAAAAAUUUGUGGCACCGAAUCUACUUCCGGCGAAUUGCAACAGCAACGCGACUGCAGAAAUUGGCGGUGAAGACCCUAGCGAGUUACCAGAGCCUUUGAGGUCGGCGCUUGUAGCUUGGAAUAUGUCACUUCCGCCAUUUGACGCUGGCUUCUACAACGUUGUUUCCUGCGAAGCUACGUUUGAACCGAUCUACGACGAAGUCCAGGAGAUUUCAAGGCAUGCAAGCGAAAAUCUUGGCGAGUCCUCUCCGGCCUUCAUUGCCUGGAAAAAGAGCUUGGAAAAAUGGCGAGCGUGCAUUUUGCUGGCCUAUGCGGCCCUUGUUCCUCCAAACAUUUGGCAUCAAUAUGCUGAACAUUUUCAGCGCCCUGUGCCAUCCGAUCUGUUGAAGGCAUUGGGAAAAGUAGAGGCAGCGUGGAAGCAGUUUCCAGAGCAGACCCAGCGACGUGGCCGCUUUCAAGCUCUAGCCGAUGUGUUUACUCCGUAA